GUAAUUAUGGAUGUGUUUCUUCACAAAUUUAUGUCCUUGUUUUUUCUAUUAAUUAGUUUCUUCCCCUUUAUUGUUUCAAUGUCAUCUUGCAAAAUAAGAAGAGAGUUUCAUCUUAAUGGCAUGCAUAAAGCCGGUGAUGUGAUUCUAGGGGGACUGUUUGAAGUACACUACACUUCUGUGUUUCCUGAGCUAACAUUCACCUCAGAACCAAGUGAGCACAUCUGUCAAGGCUUUGACUCUCCAGGGUUCAGGCAUGCCAUGACCAUGGCAUUUGCCAUUGAGGAAAUUAACAAAGACCCAAAUCUGCUUCCAAAUGUGACUCUUGGAUAUAGCCUUUAUGAUAAUUGUGCCACAUUAGUAAUCGGAUUUAGUGCUGCAUUGUCAUUGGCCAGUGGUCAGGAGAAACAGUUUUUUCCUCAGGAAAAAUGCUCAGGGGGCCCUCCAGUCCUGGGGAUCGUCGGUGAUUCUUUUUCAACGUUUUCAAUUGCCACAUCUGAUGUCAUUGGUUUAUUCAGAUUGCCCAUUGUGAGUUACUUUGCUACAUGUUCUUGCCUAAGUGAUCGUCGAAGGUUUCCAUCCUUUUUUAGGACAAUCCCAAGUGAUACUUUUCAAGUGGAUGCAAUGAUUCAGAUUUUAAAACACUUUGGCUGGACAUGGGCUGGUCUACUGGUUAGUGAUGAUGAUUACGGGCUUCAUGUUGCCCAGUCCUUUCAGUCAAAGCUGACUGAGUCUGGAUUAGGAUGUCUUGCAUACUAUGAAAUUUUACCAUGGGGUGAAAAUCCGGCUGAACUGACACGAAUUGUGGAAGGAAUGAAAAAAUCCACAGCUCGCGUUGUCAUUGUAUUCGCACAUCAGAUCAAUAUGAUUCAACUGAUGGAGGAGGUUUUAAGGCAAAAUGUGACAGGUUUGCAAUGGAUGGCGAGUGAAGCAUGGGCAUCAGCAGCUGUGCUCCAAACAUCUCGUCUUAUGCCAUACCUGAGUGGAACGCUGGGCAUUGCAAUCCGUCGAGGAGAAAUCCGAGGACUUAGGGAUUUUCUUCUAAAAACAAAACCUGGGAAUAACACCAACAGUGAAAACACUAUGAUAAGGCAGUUCUGGGAACACACUUUUCAGUGUAGAUUUGCUCCCCCACCUGUUGACUGGCUAGAGGCUGGAGGGGCAUUAUGCUCUGGUAAAGAAGAUUUAGAGACUGUGCAGACUGAAUUUCUUGAUGUUUCUAACCUCCGGCCUGAAUAUAACAUUUACAAGGCUGUGUAUGCUCUGGCAUACGCUCUUGAUGACAUGCUGCAGUGUCAGCCAGGAAGAGGGCCUUUUAUCAGACACAGCUGUGCAUCUCUGCACAGUCUGGAGGCUUGGCAGCUAAUGUAUUACUUGAAAAAAGUCAACUUUACCAUUCCAUUUGGUGAUCAAGUGUCAUUUGAUGAGAAUGGUGAUGCUUUGCCAAUAUAUGAUAUCAUGAACUGGCAAUGGCUCCCUGAUGGUAAAAUUCAAGUUCUGAAUGUAGGCGUUGUAAGGAAAACAAGUUUUGGUGAUGAAGAACUCACUCUUAAUGAAGACAAAAUCUUCUGGAAUUUUGAGAACAAUCAGCCACCUCGGUCUGUGUGCAGCAAGAACUGUAAUCCUGGGAGUCGCAUGGCAAGAAAGAAGGGGCAACCUGUGUGCUGUUUUGAUUGUGUCCCUUGUCCUGAAGGAAAGAUUAGCAACGAAACAAACUCUGUUGAGUGCUUUAGUUGUCCAGAGGAUUUCUGGUCCAGCCCAAAGCGUAAUCAAUGCGUACUUAAGAGAACAGAGUUUCUCUCCUACCAUGAACCUCUGGGAGUCUGCUUGACAACAGCUUCUUUGCUGGGAACUUCCAUCUGUACUGUUGUUUUAGGGAUUUUCACAUAUCACCGAAGCACACCUAUGGUAAGUUAUUUUGCCACAUGUUCUUGUCUGAGUGAUCGGCAGCGUUUUCCAUCUUUCUUUAGAACAAUUCCAAGCGAUGCAUUUCAGGUUCGCGCCAUGAUUCAGAUUCUGAAAUAUUUUGGCUGGACUUGGGCCGGUCUCCUGGUCAGCGAUGAUGAUUAUGGCGUGCAUGUUUCCAGAUCAUUCCAAUCGGACCUGACUCGAUCAGGUGGAGGCUGUUUGGCAUACACUGAGAUUUUACCCUGGGGAGACAAUCCGACUGAAUAUAAAAGGAUUGUUGAUGUGAUGACAAAAUCUACAGCACGCGUAGUAAUUGUGUUUGCACAUCAGAUGCACAUGAUCCAACUCAUGGAACAGGUGGUAAAACAGAAUGUGACAGGCCUUCAGUGGAUUGCCAGUGAGGCUUUGACAUUGCUUGAAGGACUCCAAAUAUCUGCUUUCUCACCAUUUCUUGGUGGAACACUUGGCAUCGCUAUCCGUCGAGGAGAAAUACCAGGACUUCGAGAUUUUCUGUUGAGGAUUCAUCCUGAGCAAUACAACAACAACUAUUCUGAAAAUAACAUGGUGAAACUUUUUUGGGAGCACACAUUUCAAUGCAAGUUUUCCCCGCCUCCAGCAGGUUGGGUAGAGGAUGGCGGAAGAAUAUGCACUGGAAAAGAAGAGUUAAACAGUGUGGAGACUGACCUGCUGGAUGUGUCAGAACUCCGGCCUGAGUAUAAUAUCUACAAAGCUGUCUAUGCACUCGCACAUGCACUUAAUGACAUGCUGAGCUGCGUUCCAGAGCAAGCACCAUUUAAUGGGAACUGUGCAUCUUUACACACAUUAGAGCUCUCACAGGUAAUGUACUACCUUGAAAAGGUGACCUUCACCACACAGUUUGGUGACCAAGUUACGUUUGAUGAAAAUGGUGAUGUGUUACCAAUAUAUGACAUCAUGAACUGGAUUCGGCAGCCCGAUGGAAACAUUAAAGUUCAGAAUGUGGGUGAGAUCAAGCGGUCUUCAUCCCAAGAAGAAGAACUUAAAAUUUAUGAGGACAGAAUCUUCUGGAACUUUGAAUCCAAAAAGCCUCCAAAGUCAGUGUGCAGUGAGAGCUGCCAUCCAGGAACACAUAUGGUCAGGAAGAAAGGAGAACCUUUGUGCUGUUUUUAUUGUGUUCCAUGCUCUGAAGGAAAGGUCAGCAAUGAAACUGACUCCUUGGAGUGUGUUAGCUGUCCUGAAGAUUUCUGGUCCAGCCCAGAGCGUGAUCAUUGUGUUCAUAAAAAAACAGAGUUCCUCUCCUAUCAGGAACCUCUGGGCAUCUGUUUGACGGUGACCUCAUUGCUGGGAACAUCUAUUUGUGCUGUUGUUCUGGGGAUCUUCGCCUAUCAUCGAAGCACACCCAUUGUACGAGCCAAUAAUGCAGAACUGAGCUUUCUGAUCCUAGUGUCUCUUAAACUCUGCUUCCUGUGUUCAUUGCUGUUCAUUGGUCGACCCAGACUGUGGACAUGCCAACUCAGACAUGCUGCGUUUGGAAUCAGCUUUGUGCUUUGUGUCUCUUGCAUUCUGGUUAAAACAAUGGUGGUUUUAGCUGUUUUCAAAGCUUCUAAACCAGGUGGUGCAGCCAGUCUCAAGUGGUUUGGUGCUGUACAGCAGAGAGGAACGGUUUUUACUCUUACUUGCAUUCAGGCAGCAAUUUGCACUGCCUGGAUAGUCACUGUCUCACCAGUACCUCAUAAAAACACUCAGUACCAUAAUGACAAGAUUGUGUAUGAGUGCGUAGUAGGGUCCACAAUCGGCUUCAGUGCUUUACUGGGUUAUAUCAGUGUACUAGCCAUUCUUAGCUUUAUGUUAGCAUUUCUAGCUAGAAAUCUUCCAGAUAACUUUAAUGAGGCCAAACUAAUCACUUUCAGCAUGCUGAUUUUCUGUGCUGUGUGGGUGGCAUUUGUUCCGGCUUAUAUCAACUCUCCAGGUAAAUAUGCAGAUGCAGUGGAGGUGUUUGCCAUUCUGGCCUCCAGUUUUGGUCUCUUGGUGGCACUAUUUGGACCUAAGUGUUACAUAAUACUACUAAGACCAGAAAGAAACACGAAGAAAUCUAUCAUGGGUCAUACCACAACCAAAAGUUGAAGAACAGUUAUUUUAUUUUUUAUUUUUAUGAGCAGAAACUAUUAUGUUCACUCAGAUUUAGAGGCUUAUAAUAUGUUGCAAUAUCUGCAAUAGUUUUUUAUUUAUAAGUUUAAGUAAAACUUCAUAAAGCAAUGUAAUGUUCUCUGUUUUUUGGUCAUUUUACAUGUCUUCUUCAGUAGUGCACCAAACUCAUGUUCAAGUAAUGUCAGCUAUUUCUGUUUCUAGUGCAACUGUCCUCCACAGUAACCAACAACACAAGCAGUAAUUAGAACAAAUCAUCAUAGAAAUAAAGGCCUUUCUCUAAACUGUUUAUUUUUGUUUUAAUCCUGAAGCCUGUAAAAGGGAGUAGAACCAUUCAUCCCUUUACCCCAUUCCAUUAAGUUAAAAAGGAUUUUGUGUAGAAAACAUACAUAUCUAUUGUACUAAUUAAUCAUGCAUUGUGAAAAUA